UCAAACGUUGUCGUCGUUGGCCGUCGCCUGCCGAUGUAAUUUUCUGAAUAGGUACCUACAAUACAAUGCUUACAUUUACGGCUACUUCAUUGUUGUUUAGUAUGAAAACGUGACCAAAUUUAUCGUUUUAACGUUCAAAUGGAUCAUUUGGAAAAAAUCACAUACACCAAAGAUUAGUGAAAAUAAAUUGAAACGUAUUUAUUACUGUAAGACUAAAAAUGUCGAGGAAUGGCGAAUUGACAUCAAAUCAAGGUCCUAGCCGACCAAAUAUGCCUAGGCCAGACUUGAAUUUAUUUAAUUCAGAAAAACGCAAAGUAUUGGAAUUACCAUUAGGAGGAACAUCAGGUGAUGGUGCUGCAUUUAUGCCGUUUUCUGCUAAUAGUUCUACCCAGAAACCACGAGUGCCAUCUCGUACUAUCAGAGAUGUACUGCCUGAGAAUACAAGAGACAGAUGUCGAAUUUAUCCAUCCAUGCAAUCUUCAGGCAAGUUACAGUUAUCUGCAACAGAAAUAUAUGAUUUCACAGCAGACGACCUCCAAGAUUUGGGUGAAAUAGGCCGAGGUGCAUUUGGAGCAGUCAAUAAAAUGGUUCACCGAAAGACUAACCGAGUAAUGGCUGUUAAACGCAUUCGCUCAACUGUUGAUGAAAAGGAGCAAAACCAGUUAUUAAUGGACUUAGAAGUAGUCAUGAAGAGUAAUGAGUGUCCCUACAUUGUUGAGUUUUAUGGAGCUUUAUUUAAGGAAGGUGACUGCUGGAUCUGUAUGGAAUUAAUGGAUACUUCAUUAGAUAAAUUUUACAAGUUCAUAUGUGAGAGGAUGCAAACUCGAAUACCAGAAAAUAUUAUAGCUAAAAUUACUUUGGCUACUGUCAAAGCUUUAAACUAUUUAAAAGAAAAACUUAAAAUAAUACAUAGAGACGUAAAGCCGUCUAACAUAUUGUUAGACAGGAGAGGAAACAUCAAGUUGUGUGACUUUGGUAUAUCUGGCAAGCUUGUUGAUUCAAUAGCACGAACUCGAGAUGCUGGCUGCAGGCCUUAUAUGGCGCCAGAAAGAAUUGACCCUGGACGUGCGAGAGGCUAUGACGUGCGGUCUGAUGUGUGGUCUCUCGGCAUCACUCUGAUGGAGGUGGCCACCGGCGCCUUCCCCUACCCGCGCUGGGGCUCCGUCUUCGAGCAACUGCAGCAAGUGGUGCAAGGAGACCCGCCGCGUCUCACCAACAAUAAUAACGUAUUCUCCAACAAUUUCGUUGAGUUUGUCAACACUUGCCUUAUCAAGGAAGAAACUCAACGUCCAAAAUACAACAAGUUGUUGGAGAGCCCAUUCAUAAAAGGCAUCGACCAAAGCAGGGUCGACGUCGCCGCGUAUGUGUGUGAAGUCCUCGACGCUAUGGAACGCAACGGAGUAAGUCCCUUCACCACAGACCAACCAGCACAGGCGUGGGUGGAAUAAUCAGUCAAUAAGAAAAUAUUUUGUGCAAAACUGUUCAUACACCUUUUAUUGUUACAUUUAUUAGUUUGUAUAACUGAAAACACUUGUACACACGUUUGAUGAUUGUUAGUGUCUAUGUUGACUGGCUUGCCUCCUAAUCAUACAUGCUGUGACGUCAUUACUAUAGAAAGAGUCGUAACUUUACUGUAAGUACUAUAUGGAACGUUUUAUUAUAUGUUAGAACAAGUAGGACAAUUCUCUAAAUCUUUAUCUUGAAGUUUUUAUUAUGAAUAAUGACACAAAAAUAAUAUACAUCUACAUAAGAUUUUCAAAUAAUUUCAUGUUGUUCAAAUAAUUUAUCAAUUGGUUAAUUUACUAUGACAUUAUUUGAAGCUGAUGUAUUAUCAGUGGAAAUCUAAAUAAUUACUGCAACUGUUAAUUUACUUAAAAAAGUUACUUUUGCAAUUGUACUUGUAUCAUAAUAUUCUGGGAUUCUAUAUUUAUGGUUAAACAUGCCAAACACUGUGUUCACCCUAACAUCCUGUAUAAGCACAAAUAGUAAGGUAUUGCUACUCCUGUGGUCACUGAUCGGAAAUUAAUAAUUAGAUAAAUAUUUAUUGCUGCUCAGUUUCUUUACGAAAACGAGGCCUGAAGGCUUAAUAACCUUUAAUAUUAAAUCUUCUAAAAUAUUCUUGUAUUUUUUUCGUGUUCUUUUCUGGCCAUCAAAUUUAUAACUAUUAUAACUAAAUUAUAACCUUUGUCUUAAUAAAUAUUGUUGUGUGAUAUUGUCUCAUAAUGGCAGUUUCCACACAUAAAACAUUUUUUGUGUGAAAUAAAUAUUAUAUUAAAUUGAACAUACAUAAUAAAAAAUGGCUAAUUUGAAGUACCAAUAGUAAUGUAUUGCUAUUAAGCUAGAGAAAAUAAUCUUCAAAAAUUAGGCCAGCCAAGCAAGCCAAGACAUCGAGCUACAAGUUUACAAACUUGGUAACUUGUGUCAACCCAUAAGAUAAUCUUUACCAUCAUGUUUUCAUGUCCUUUUAUACCACUUCCUUAAUCCUACUUCUUACUUCGUCGUGAUUGACAGAAUUGUUGUAGGUAAUUUUAUAAAUUUGUAAAUAAUGACAAGAUUAAACAAUAAAUAAAUGACGUAACAAUUUUUCCAUGAAAAAGUAGUUGAAAUGGCAGGCAAAUGGAAAAUAUAUAAUAAGCAUAUUUGCAAAUGAAUUUCGCAAUAUGAAAUAUAAAUAUUGUUCUUAGUACUAUUGUAUAUUUUAAGAAUAGAAUAUGAUAAAUUAG